CACCAUAUCAUAGGAGACGACUUCAUAAUCACGGAUCGCAUUCUCACGAAGAACAUGGCCAUUAUGGCUUAGCACUGGCUUUUUCUGGAUCCUCAAACCGAGGAACAAAGAUAACAUUGAUAGGAUUAGGCGCCAAUGUUGGUUUGACUGUUAUAAAGGGUAUAGCUGGUUGGGUGAUGAAUUCUGCAUCCUUAGUGGCAGAUGCUGCACAUUCUCUAAGUGGCAACGAUUUUGUAACAUUAUAUACAUUUCGAAAAUCAAGAAAACCUCCCGAUGAAACGCAUCCCUAUGGUUAUGGUAAAUAUGAAACUGUCGGAUCACUCGCUGUCUCUUCAUUAUUGAUUAUGGGUGCUAUUGGAAUCGGUCAUCAUUCCUACGAGCUGCUUAUGAGUGCAAUACCACCUGACUCUUCUUUUAAUGUCAGUGAAAUGAAUCUUAAUACACUAAAUAAUCGUCCGCACUUGAAUCCAAAUGCCGCAUGGUUUGCCGCUAUAUCUGUCGUCGUAAAAGAGGCUUUAUUUAGAUCAACGAUGAAAAUUGCGUCAGAAGAGCGAUCCGAUGUUUUAUUUGCCAAUGCGUGGCAUCAUCGAAGUGAUGCUGCAUCCAGCUUAGUAGCAUUGGUCUCGAUUGGAGGAAGCGCUUUCGGUUUUCCACUUCUUGAUCCUAUAGGUGGAAUUUUAGUAGCUGGAAUGAUUCUGAAAAAUGGAAUUGAAAUUAUGAUAUCAUCGUUAAAAGAAUUGGUUGAUAGGGGAGUAAAAGAAGAUGUCAUAAAGAAAGUUGAAAAGGCUGUUUAUAAAAUUCAGGUCAAUGAGCCAAGUAUUAUCAAAUUUCAUAACAUAAGAGGUCGCAAGUCUGGCCCAUUUCAUUUGAUUGAUAUGAUUGUACAGGUUGAUCCAGACUUGAAAAUUUCCAAAGUACGUCAUAUUGAGGAGGAAAUACAAAAAGAGGUUAAAAAAGAAUGUAAAAGUGUCAAAGAGGUCCUAGUUAAUUUGGACACUAACGAUAUUAAACACUAA